AGAACCGGUGUGAAUCAUGUCGGCCAAGGCCAUCAGCGAAGCGACGGGGAAAGAUCUCCUGAAUCGCUUCCUGAAGGGGACGGCAGAGAAGUGCCAUUUUACUUCGGUGGAUGAGGAGAAAUGGAAAGACUGGAAAGCUUUGCUCGAAGAUAAUGCUUGGAUGCAGAAUCAGCAUUUGGUGGUGAAACCGGAUCAGCUCAUCAAGCGAAGGGGGAAGUUGGGUCUCAUCAAAGUCAAUACUGAUGUGACUGGAGUCAAAUCAUGGAUUGGAGAACAUAUGGGAAAACCUCAGACGGUGGGUCGAGCAGUUGGCAUGUUGAGGAACUUCAUCAUAGAGCCCUUUACUCCCCACAAAGAAGAUGAAGAGUGCUACGUCUGCAUCCACUCACACCGUUACGCAGACACGAUCCUCUUCUAUCACCAAGGAGGAGUUGAUGUGGGAGACAUUGAUUCUAAAGCCCUGAAGCUUCAUGUUCCAGUUGGAGAUACCCUCGACCUUCAAAAAGUCAAGGAGACUCUUCUGGCAAACAUUUCGGCCGACAAGAAGGAAAUCACUGCACAUUUCAUCGAGGAUCUGUAUAGAGUAUAUCAGGACCUAUACUUCACGUACUUGGAGAUCAACCCCCUUGUGGUGUCAAAUGGGAAAAUACAUAUCUUGGACUUGGCAGCCAAAUUGGAUUCCACAGCUGAGUACAUUUGCAAGGUGAAGUGGGGCGACUUCAAAUAUCCACCUCCGUUUGGGAGAGAUGCCUACCCGGAGGAAGCAUACAUAGCCGAUUUAGAUUCCAAGACUGGUGCAUCCCUCAAAUUGACGAUCCUCAAUCCAUCCGGGCGCAUAUGGACGAUGGUGGCAGGCGGAGGUGCAUCCGUCAUCUACAGUGAUACCAUUUGUGACCUAGGAGGAGCUGAAGAAUUGGCCAACUAUGGAGAGUAUAGUGGAGCACCCAAUGAACAACAGACCUAUGAUUAUGCCAAGACCAUCCUUUCUCUGAUGACUAAAGAAAAAGAUCCUAGGGGCAAGAUCCUGAUCAUCGGUGGAGGGAUAGCGAAUUUCACAAAUGUGGCCACCACUUUCAAGGGUAUUGUAACAGCUUUAAGGGAGUUUCAACUGAAGCUUUUGGAGCACAAGAUCCAAAUCUAUGUCCGGAGAGCUGGUCCCAAUUAUCAAGAGGGCCUGAGGGUGAUGAGGGAAGUUGCCAGUACACUGGGUCUCCCACUCUAUGUGUUUGGGUCUGAGACACACAUGACAGCCAUCGUUGGCAUGGCACUUGGAAAGAGACCAGUACCAUCAGAGCUAGAGGUGGAAACCCACACUGCCAAUUUUCUCUUGCCUGGAGGGAUGCAGAAUAUGAGCCCUGGCACAAGGAGAAAAUUAUCAAAGGAGCCUGUUGUUGGAGAUAAAAUUGCACAGGCAGCUGAGGAUGUGGGGAGGAAGAUGGCUUCAGGAAAGGAUGCCAUCCUCUUCAGAAAAGAUACUAAAGCCAUCAUUUGGGGCAUGCAAAACAGAGCCGUCCAGGGGAUGCUAGACUUUGAUUUUGUCUGUUCGAGGAACAAACCAUCUGUUGUGGCCAUGAUUUAUCCUUUCACGGGUGAUCACAAGCAGAAGUUCUAUUGGGGUCACAAGGAAAUCCUCAUUCCAGUGUAUAAGAGCAUGGAUGUUGCCAUGAAGAAACAUUCUGAUGCAAAUGUUCUUGUGAGCUUUGCUUCCCUGCGUUCUGCUUAUGAGAGCACCUUGGAGACUCUCCAGUACCCACAGAUCCGAACGAUUGCCAUAAUUGCCGAAGGGAUCCCAGAAAAUCUCACCCGCAAACUGAUCAAAGAGGCAGAUGCCAAGGGUGUGUCUAUCAUAGGACCUGCCACAGUUGGUGGGAUAAAGCCUGGCUGUUUUAAGAUUGGCAACACUGGAGGCAUGAUGGAUAACAUCAUCAGCUCCAGACUCUAUAGACCGGGAUGUGUUGCAUACGUCUCUCGAAGCGGGGGAAUGUCCAACGAACUCAACAACAUCAUCAGCCGAGCUACCAAUGGGGUUUACGAGGGAGUAGCCAUUGGGGGAGAUCGAUACCCUGGCACCACAUUCAUGGAUCAUUUGCUUCGAUAUCAAGAAGAUCCAAAGGUGAAGUUGCUGGUUCUCCUUGGGGAAGUGGGUGGCAUGGAAGAAUACGAAGUGUGUGAGGCUCUGAAAAGUGGCAGCAUCAGCAAACCCCUCGUGGCUUGGUGCAUUGGAACCUGUGCUGCAAUGUUUGCUACUGAUGUCCAGUUUGGCCACGCAGGAGCGUGUGCCAAUGCCGAGCAAGAGACUGCUACAGCUAAGAACAAGGCCUUGAAAGAAGCUGGGGCCAAGGUCCCAUCAAGUUUUGAUGAUCUGGGCGAGUUCAUCAAGGAGGUGUAUGAAGAAUUGCUGAAGAAAGGAGUCGUGGUUCCCGAAGAGGAACUGCCACCUCCUACGGUCCCCAUGGAUUACUCUUGGGCCAGGGAACUGGGUCUCAUCCGUCGACCAGCUUCCUUCAUGACCACCAUUUGUGAUGAGAGGGGUCAAGAACUGCUCUAUGCUGGAAUACCCAUCACUGAAAUAUUCAAGGAUGACCUUGGGAUUGGAGGUGUUCUCUCUCUCCUGUGGUUCCAACGGCGUCUCCCUCCAUAUGCUGCGAAGUUCUUUGAGAUGUGUCUCAUGCUGACUGCUGAUCAUGGCCCGGCUGUAUCUGGGGCUCACAAUACCAUUGUCUGUGCUCGAGCUGGCAAAGACCUCAUCUCCUCCCUUGUCUCUGGUCUCCUCACUAUUGGAGACAGGUUUGGCGGUGCUCUGGAUGGUGCUGCUAGGCAGUUCAGUGAGGGAUAUGACACAGGUCUCAUUCCCAUGGAAUUUGUAAACCACAUGAGAAAGAAAGGGGAGCUCAUCAUGGGCAUUGGACACCGUAUCAAAUCGAUCAACAACCCAGACAUGAGAGUGACGAUUUUGAGGGACUAUGUGAAGGCAAAUUUCCCUGCCACUCCUCUCCUGGAUUAUGCAAUGGAGGUGGAAAAGAUCACAACUAGCAAGAAACCCAAUCUUAUUCUCAAUGUUGAUGGUGUGAUUGCAACAUCAUUUGUGGAUCUGCUUCGCAAUUCGGGCUGCUUCACCAGGGAGGAGGCCCAGGAAUACAUAAGCAUUGGCACCAUCAAUGGUCUCUUCGUUUUGGGACGGAGUCUUGGCUUCAUUGGUCAUUACCUGGACCAGAAACGACUGAAGCAGGGCUUGUAUCGCCACCCCUGGGAUGACAUCUCCUACGUUAUGCCGGAGCAAUAUCAAUAAGUACAUCUGAUGGGGGAACCUUCAUUUCAAAGCAUUUUGAGCAUCUUGCUUCCUUGAUUCAUUAUUCAAAGAUCUGUCUUGUCCUCUGACAUUCCAAAGACUAACUACUGUUGGUGUUUAUCCAAGUCAGAGUUUUAAUUUGCCGGUGCUGGUUGUUCACUGGAUGAUCCAGUUUCCAUGACAGGUUUUAGAAAGCUUCAUUCACAACAGGUCAUGUUGUUUCAGUACUGAAUCAUAAUUUUGAUGCAAAACCUACUAUAUAUGACACUGUGAUAGGCAAGCUUUUAGAGCUCUAUAGUUUGUCCGAGAAGUGGUUUACAAAAUGAAUACCUGCUAAGGUUUGGGCUGUAAACUGUUAUUCAUGCAGAGACUGAAAACAAUUUUAAAUAUUUUACUUCAUUCAUUGAAUUCAUUCAAAAACGGGCACUUGUGAAGUUGGGGAUCCAUACGUCGUCCAUGGAGCUGUAACCAUGGACACCAGUUAAUUAUAUAAUUACAGUUGAUGUGGUCAUGAAAAAUACACUAAUAUUAGAUUGAUUUGCAUACCAGGUAUGUUUUUAUGCUGAAAAAAAACAAACAAAAAAUUAGAAUAUAUCUGGUACUGAAGGUAAUAAUCCAUGUAUUAUGUAUGGAAGAAGGGAUUAUUUGCUUUUCUAAUGUCUACUCCAGGGAACUGGACAUAUCAUCAACAUAUCAAUUUUUAUGAUAUGCCUAUACACAAAGCCAUCCAUGCUGGUGCAUCUGUCUGUAAUGCAAUGUAAUGCCAUCAAAAUAAUCUCAGAAUUUUUGAUUCCACAACUAGAAUGUUAUAGGUUUGAAGAGUGAAUGCUCAUGUUUUGUGGGGUUGAGGGAUCAUUAUUCCUUGCUUCAUGUCUCGAGGUGGAAUUUUAGAGGCAUUAGAGAGAAUCUCAGCUUUUGAUGUCAGGGUUUUCAGUAUGCAAAUAUGGGUAAAUUCUUAAAGAAAAUACCCUUGGGAUGGUUUUCCCUAAACAUUGUGUGAGAGACGGGACCUCUUGAUCAUAUGCUCUUUCUCAUAUCUAGCUCUUUUCCUGUCAAGAAUUAGAGAGAAUAAACAAGGAAAUGGGAU